AUCAUAAGCAUUUCCAAAAUGCUACAACAGUGGCUUUAGUUUUCAAGUCAGAAGAUUAAGGAAGAUGACAGUAAAUCACAUGGCACACCCAGCUCUGACCCAUCAAAUUUGCCACAUCUGACAGAUGAAGCUGCUUCCAUGAGGGGUAAUUGUAUUAUACCCCCACUGUUCAAUUUAUUCUUUGACCAAGGUGAUAGCUUCUUGCAAGAAAAGAAACAAAAUAUUGUUCCCAUUUAUAUCUUAGAGAUAGUGGCAAACCAAAACAAAUCAGUGUCCAUGUUUACAAAGCUUCUAUUAACUCACUCUGUAUGAUAAAUAUUUUGCACAAUUAUUUCUUUUACCCGGUGUAGUGUAACUGAGUUGAUUUUCUGCGUGCGUCCAGCGUGUCUGAAGGUCAUGGCCAUUGUUGUGUUUCAUGUCCAGUGUGUGUGUGUGUGUAUAGACUGCAUCAGUGGUAUGCUAGACGUGCUGGUUUCAUUCGCUGUUUACUGUAGUCUAAUUUUGUCGAAUAAAGCCAUGCUAUUGGUAUUCUAGUCGUUAUCAUUUCAUUACAAUUUAUUCGACAAAAUUAUGUAUCUGGAUUAGUGUUGGAUUCCUUAAUCUACAAUGGAUAAAUUACUCAGACCGAAAGAGUUGGACAUUGAUCCUAAUGCUCCUCUGGCCUCAGAAAAAUGGACUCACUGGUAUGACACAUUUCAGAAUUUUCUUUCGUCCAUCAAGGAUAUUAACGAAGACUUUAAACUAAAGUUGUUGAAGAAUCACGUAUCUGCUACGGUUUAUAUGCUCAUCAGUGAUGUAUCAUCCUAUUCGAUGGCCAUAGACACACUCAAGACUACUUAUAUUAAGGUAAAGAAUGACAUUUUUGCUAGACAUUUGGUUGCUACAUGUAAACAGCAGCCGGGCCAAACGGUAGAGUCCUUUAUGCUAAAGUUGCGAAGCCUGGCCCGGGACUGUGACUUUAAAGAAGUAACUGCUGAACAGCACAGAGACAUUUGCAUUAGAGACGCCUUCAUAACGGGUCUGGCAUCCAACACUAUUAGACAGCGGUUACUGGAAAAGACAUCUCUUACUCUACAAAGCGCUUUUGACGAAGCUAGAGUGUUAGAAACAGCCACAACGCAUGCUCAGGCUUACAAUUCAACGAACGAAAUCUCCUGUGGGGCAAUGAAAACACCAACUAGCUCCCAUCUAGAAACAUACAUUUCUAAUGAAGACCAGGAAUUAAAUGCCAUUAAGUCGCUAUGCUACUUUUGUGGUAGGAGGAGACACUCUAGAACUGAAUGCCCUGCUCGAAAUGCAUUAUGUCAUCAGUGCGGUAAAAAGGGACACUUCCAAACUGUUUGUAAAUCAAGUAAAACAACAGCCAACAAAGCUGACAGCAAAAUAUCACUGACCAGUGUGAUAACUCCAUGUACCUUGUCAUCAACGCAUUUCUCUGGGCUUACACAGUCUACGGCACAAGUGAACGUCAACGGGUUGCUGUUGCAAGCUCUCAUAGACACUGGCAGCUGUGAAAGCUACAUAUCAGAAGCCAUCGUCAAGAGAAAUAAAUGGACAGUACGUCCGUCUACAAACAGAAUAUUCAUGGCCACUACACAUCUUUCUGAAAAGACAUUAGGACAUACAUUUGCCGAUGUCCAGUACAAGGGAGAACACUACAAAAAGGUCAAACUUUCCCUACUUGCUGGAUUGUGCUCGGAUGUAAUCCUUGGUGUAGACUUUAUAAGUCUUCAUAAGGAAUUGACCAUACCGUACGGAGGAAAACGCAAUCCUUUACACAUCUGUGGUCUUAAAGCAGCACGAGUCGAAACACCGAGCCUAUUCAGUAAUCUAACUUCUGACUGCAGACCAGUGGCUACUAAGUCCCGAAAGCACUCAAUAGGUGAUAACAAAUUUAUUGAGUCUGAAGCUAGAAAACUCCUCUCGGACAAAAUCAUUGAACCUUCAAAGUCUCCCUGGAGAGCACAGGUGCUUGUGACAACAAACGAGAGACAUAAAAGAAUGAUGGUCAUUGAUUACAGUCAAACAAUAAAUCGCUUCACCUUACUGGAUGCAUACCCAAUGCCCCGAGUCGAUGAACUGGUAGAACGGAUAUCCAACUAUUCCGUUUUUAGUACUCUAGACCUCAAAAGUGCCUACCAUCAAAUACCAAUCAAGACUGAGGAAAGGCCGUUUACUGCAUUUGAGGCAUGUGGCAAACUCUACCAGUUCUGUCGCAUCCCUUUCGGUGUUACCAAUGGAGUUGCAUGCUUCCAGAAAACAAUAAAUCAGAUUAUUGAGAAUGAAAAGUUGCAGGACACCUUUGCAUACGUGGAAAAUGUAACGGUAUGUGGUCAUGAUCAAGAGUCGCACGAUGAGAAUAUGCAAAGAUUUCUAGAUGCUUCUAGAAAGUAUGGGAUCACAUUUAAUGAAGACAAAAGUACAAUAGCCACUGACAAAGUUUGCCUAUUGGGAUACGAAAUUUCUAAAGGCCUUCUCAAGCCAGACCCUGAAAGAUUCCAGGCUUUAAGAAACCUUCCUCCCCCUCAUGAUAUGCGCUCACAAAAACGGAUCGUGGGCAUGUUGGCGUACUACUCACAGUGGAUCCCAAAUUUUUCUAACAAAAUAAAUGUUUUGGCAAAUAACACGUCGUUCCCUCUUUCAGAAACAGUAAAGACAGCCCUUAACGAAUUAAAGCAGGAGCUGGAGAAAGCUGCCAUCUUCACCAUCGACUAUACUCGACCUCUGACGGUUGAAACAGACGCUUCGGAUGUUGCAAUAGCUGCCACCCUCAACCAGGAUGGCCGCCCCGUGGCGUUCUUUUCAAGAACACUCUCGAAAAGUGAAAGGCGGCACUCAGCUAUAGAAAAAGAAGCUUAUGCCAUUGUAGAAUCUUUAAGGAAAUGGCACCAUUACUUAGUAGGAAAUCGCUUUACCCUUGUCACGGAUCAACGCUCUGUGGCCUUCAUGUAUGACAAACAGAGCAAAGGGAAAAUAAAGAAUGAGAAAAUUCAAAGGUGGAGACUGGAACUGAGCUGUUUCCACUACGAUGUCUUGUAUAGACCAGGCAAACACAAUGUAGCGACUGAUACGUUUUCUAGAAACGGGUGUGUGUCAGCUAUGAGUCGAAAUGAAUUGAAACUGCUCCAUGACUCUCUGUGUCAUCCGGGAGUAACAAGACUAUGGCAUUUAGUGCGAGCGAAAAACUUACCUUUCUCUUGUGAAGAUGUUAGGCUGGUUGUCAACCAGUGCAGAAUCUGUGCCGAAGUAAAACCCAGAUAUUUCAGUAAUUCUAAUGGAACUCUAAUUAAGGCGAUGCAACCUUUCCAGAGACUAAGUAUGGACUUCAAAGGACCGCUCCCUUCUACAUCUCGGAACACAUACCUGCUAACUAUAGUUGACGAAUUUUCAAGAUUCUCAUUUGCAUACGCCUGUUCUGAUAUGUCGGCUUCAACAGUAAUCAGAUGUCUAGAUAAUUUAUUUGGACUAUUCGGAAUGCCUGACUAUGUACACUCUGAUAGAGGUACCUCAUUCAUGUCAAGAGAGGUGCAGGAAUUUUUACACGAGAGAGGGGUGGCCACAAGCAGGACGACCCCUUAUAAUCCCAGAGGGAACUCUCAAGUAGAAAGGCUAAACGGGUCAUUAUGGAAAGCUAUAACUCUGGCCUUAAAAACUCAAGGACUCCCGGUUUCCAAAUGGGAGCAGGCGUUAAACCAAGCCCUACACUCUCUUCGUUCUCUGCUCUGUACCGCUACAAACGAGACACCUCACGAGAGAAUAUUCAAGUUCUAUCGCAAGUCCACCUUCGGCAAAUCACUCCCGACAUGGUUAGCUCAACCAGGAAAAGUAUUGUUAAAAAAGGGAGUCCGUGCAUCAAAAUAUGACGAUGGUACAAUAGCUGUGGACUUAAUCACAUGCAACCCACAGUAUGCCAUUGUAAGACUUCCUGAUGGAAGAGAAGAAACUGUGUCAUUGCGACAUUUGGCCCCCGUUCCAAGAGAGGGAGAAUCAGAGGUGUAACAACAUAUGGAACAUGAAGACUUUGAGCCGGAGACAAACCCUAUAACACAGAUGCAGGUGCCUACUGAACAUGUGGCUAUAGAACCAAUGGCUGCUCCUAACACAUAUGUACAACAAGGGGAAAAUGGACAUCAAGAAGAAGUAAAUGCAGGGGCUGAGUCUCCUGUUAGAGAGCCGCCGAUGUCACCAACUCCAAGCGACGGCAGUAUUGGUCCUGGUAGAUAUAACCUAAGACCAAGAACAAGCAGACCCAAUUAUAAGGUCUAACAUUUAUUUAAUUAUUUUUCCAUAUCACAAGUUCUAACUCAGUAAUUGUAGGCUUAAUAUGACACUCUUUGAACUGAUCAUUUUAUAGUGUAUAGCUUUUCUAGUUAGACUUUUUGUAUUGUAUUACUUAUUACAUUAUUAUUCAAGACAACUGGUCUUAAUAUUUGUAUGCAUAAGGGACCGAUAAUUUUAUAGUGUAUAACGUGUUUGUUUAUAGUUAUACAAUGCUUUUCAAUAGAGUAAAUCUGUAAGUAUUCUGUAGGGAUACUAAGGCCUCUUAUAUCGCUGUCCUUCACUAUUAUUUACAUGUUUAUGUUCCUAUAACUUUUAGGCGGGGUGAUUGUAGUGUAACUGAGUUGAUCUUCUGCGUGCGUCCAGCGUGUCUGAAAGUCAUGGCCAUUGUUGUGUUUCAUGUCCAGUGUGUGUGUGUGUAUAGACUGCAUCAGUGGUAUGCUAGACGUGCUGGUUUCAUUCACUGUUUACUGUAGUCUAAUUUUGUC